AAGGCGGGACCUUCCUUGGACAUCCUACGGAUGCAAAUCACGCGUGCGCGCGAUGUAGCUGGAAAGUUUGAUUAAACGGAGAUUCUGGUCGAUGACGAAGGGCUUCUUUGACAAUGGCUCGGUUCGGAAGGUCUGCUGACUUAAAAUAAUAAUAAUAAUACAAAGGUGCAGACUGAACAUGACCGUUCCAGCUUUUCUGCCCUACCGAGCUGCCCCGCCGCGGUUCUGUGGUCAGUUGGUCCCGAAGCAGAAUGGAGUUUACGUUAUUGGACUCGCCAGUGUGGCCCAGACCCUUUAAGAUCUCCAUCUAAGGCGUUGGUGUGGCCUAGCCACAGCUAAUGACUGCACAUCUACCGGGAGGGAAGUAAACAUGAAGCUUUCGCGUUGGUGAGAGGAUACCCAUUCUCACAUCUCGACAGGCCUGCUCGCUCACCGCCAACAUGUCUGACCAGAACUACUACUGGACCGUGCUGCCGAGCUACAAAACCAGUUUCCUGCCAGGAGCCAUGGUGAAGAGAUCCAAAGGCUCCCGUAACAACAAGAGGAGGAGUUUGGCUAUUGGGACCCCUUCGCCAACGCUGUCCAGACCGCUUUCACCUCUCCCAAUCGCCACAGCGGCCAGCAGUCCCUCAGAAAGCCCCAGAAAUGUCUCUGCCAGCACCUCCUCCAACUUCCAAUUUACCCGCAGCCAUGCAGAUGGGCGAAGGUGGUCUGUGGCGUCUGUGCCCUCUUCUGGAUACUGCACCAAUGCUCCCAGUUCAUCCGUUUCUUCAUCGUCUUCUCAUGAGCUGUUGCACCAGUUGCCCUCUCAGCCCACCCAAGAUGACCUUCACCUCCUCUUCAGACACUUUAGGAACAAAGAGAGUGUGGUGGACAGUGAAGAAGCCCACUCGGCACACCCUGUCAGGGUCCGCUCACGGAGUCUCAGCCCGGGGCGGACCUGUGGAACCUUUGAUAACGAGAUUGUGAUGAUGAACCACGUCUAUAAAGAGCGCUUUCCCAAGGCCACGGCGCAGAUGGAGGGUCGGCUCCUUGAUGUUAUCUUGGAGUAUUGUCCAGACACAGCGUUGCCCCUGGCUGAUGGCGUGCUGGGAUUUAUUCAGCACCAGUUAGUGGAGCUGGCCAGGGACUGUCUUGACAAGUCCCAGAAUGGAUUGGUAACCUCUCUGUACUUUGUGGAGCUACAAGAUAAACUGGAGAAGCUGCUUCAUGAGGCAUACGAGCGUUCAGAGAGCGAGGAGGUGACCAUCAUCGUCAAACUGGUGAAGAAGAUUCUCAUCAUAAUCUCCAGGCCCGCCAGACUUCUGGAGUGCCUGGAGUUUGAUCCAGAGGAGUUUUACCAGCGGAUGGAGGCUGCAGAGGGCCAAGCCAAAGUCGGCCAUGGUAUCAAGACUGAUAUUCCUAGAUACAUCAUCAACCAGCUCGGCCUCACCAGACAGCCACUGGAAGACGCGGUCCAUCUAGGUCAGACCAGUCCGGUUCAGAGAGCAGCUAGCAGAGAGUCUAAUGACUCCGGCGAUGUGACCCCUGCACAGAGCUGCGCUGCCUGCCUUCCCCCUCGCAGAAAGCCUCUGGAGAGUGACUUCGAGACAAUAAAACUCAUCAGUAACGGAGCCUAUGGAGCUGUCUAUCUGGUGCGACACAAGGAAACCUGCCAACGUUUUGCUAUGAAGAAGAUCAACCGGCAGAACUUGAUUCUUAGAAAUCAAAUUCAACAAGUGUUUGUAGAGCGAGACAUCCUCACCUUUGCUGAAAACCCGUUUGUAGUUUCCAUGUUCUGCUCUUUUGAGACACGAAGGCACCUCUGCAUGGUCAUGGAGUAUGUAGAAGGUGGAGACUGUGCCAACCUGCUGAAGAACAUCGGCCCUCUCCCAGUGGACAUGGCCAGGAUGUAUUUUGCAGAGACUGUCCUCGCUUUAGAGUACCUCCACAACUACGGCAUCGUGCACAGAGACCUCAAACCUGACAAUUUGUUAAUCACCUCUAUGGGGCACAUUAAGCUGACGGACUUCGGCCUGUCAAAGAUUGGUCUGAUGAACAUGACGACCAACUUGUAUGAAGGACACAUUGAAAAAGAUACCAGAGAGUUUUUAGACAAGCAGGUGUGUGGUACUCCUGAGUAUAUAGCUCCUGAGGUCAUCCUAAGACAGGGCUAUGGGAAACCUGUGGACUGGUGGGCCAUGGGAAUCAUCCUGUAUGAGUUCCUGGUGGGCUGUGUGCCAUUCUUUGGAGACACACCAGAGAAGCUCUUUGGUCAAGUAGUUAACGAUGAGAUCAUCUGGCCGGAUGGGGAGGAUGCGCUGCCGCCUGAUGCUCAGGAUCUCAUCACCCAGUUACUGAGACAGAAUCCUCUAGAGCGUCUUGGGACAGGUGGAGCCACAGAAGUGAAGAUGCACACAUUCUUCCUGGGUCUGGACUGGAACGGCCUGCUGAGGCAGAAAGCUGAGUUCAUUCCUCAACUUGAGUCUGAAGAGGACACCAGUUACUUUGACAUUAGAUCAGAGCGCUACUGCCAUCUGGGCUCAGACGACGAUGAUGAAACUAAUGAUGAUGAAUCUUCGCUGGAGCUCAGACAGUUCUCCUCUGUUGCCCACCGCUUCAGCAAGGUCUACAGCAGCAUGGAGCACCUGUCCACUUCCACCCCAUCCAACCACAGUCUGUCAUCAUCAGAGCGAAGCCACAGCGAGGAGAAGGAGAGGUGGGAGGGCAGCGGAGGUCCUUCCACUGGAGACAGUCACAAACACCUGACUGGUGGAGACAAGAGGACAGAUGGACACAGUAUUCGUCCGUGUGCUUCAUCCAGCUCCUCCCAUUUGGAGCGCAGCACCAGCCCACUGGUAACGAACAGCACCCAGAGCCUCGACGUCAUGCCUCGCUUCACCAUUCCCACAGAAGAGGAGGAUGGGGUGGUGUCCAACCUGCGCAGAAUCCGUCUCCGAAGCAACAGCACUGGGACACGGCCAUCGUUCCGUAGAGGAGCUUCUCGCCGGAUUGCUCACCAGCUCGAGACCCCAGAGAAACCCAGAUCCCCACCUGAGAGCGUUCCCAAAUCUACUUCAGUGUCCGGUCUGUCUCUCAUCAUCACCCCUGAUGAUUCUGCUGGUCCUCCUCCAAGUCCUAAAUCGUCUCUGUCGCUGUCGUCCAACCCGUCAUCCAGGGACUCGUCCCCCAGCCGAGACCUGUCUGUCAGUAUCAGCUGCCUUAGACCUCCAGUGGUCAUCCACAGCUCUGGGAAAAGGUUUGGCUUUGCUCUGCGAGCCAUCAGAGUCUAUAUGGGAGACAGUGAUGUCUACACGGUUCAUCACAUGGUGUGGUGUGUUGAAGACGGCAGUCCAGCUCACAAGGUCGGACUGAGGGCCGGUGACCUUAUCACUCACGUCAAUGAGGAGUCGGUCCAGGGACUGGUCCACACCGAGGUGGUGGAGCUUCUGCUCAAGAGCGGGAACAAGGUCACUCUGCAAACAACUGCACUGGAGAACACUUCCAUCAAGGUGGGCCCGGCCCGAAAGGCCAGCUAUAAAGCUAAGAUGGCCAGACGCAGCAAGAAAAACAAGAAGGAUUGCCAGGACAGUGCUCGGCGCCGCAUGUUUAAGAAGAUCUCGAAGUACACUCCUCCUUCUCCGAUGCAGAGCAGUCGCAGCUUCUCCUCAGGCUUCCAGCAGUCCUCCAGUGACAGUCUGUCUGGUUCUUCCCCACAAAGCCUGUCUCCUGGACCAUCUACACCGUGUUGCUCUCCCGCCCCGGACUAUUCUGGAGAUUCUAGUUCCUCUCCUUGUUCCAGUUCUCCUAACUCUCCCGUACCCCAGGCCCGUCCUAGCUCGCUUCACGUCCACGGUCGCUACACCAAGGCUGGUCGCUGCAAGUCCACCAGUAGCAUCCCCCCCUCACCACUUGCCUGUAUACCUCCCCCUCAGCCUCUUUCCCCUCAGUGUUCGCCAUCCUGCUUCCAAAGCCAUCCCAAAUCCCUUCAAGGAUUCCAUGGAAAAACUUUAUCCCCUCCUACUGUUGCCCGGCACUCCAUACGCCCCCGCAAUGUCGAGUCCCCACGCUCGCCUCUGCUGAAAAGAGUUCAGUCAGCAGAGAAGCUGACUGGAGAGAAGACGGGGAUAGGGGGUUACCACGGCGAUAGGAAGGCUUACAGCACCCGCCGGCACACUGUGGAGAUGCCUCUGCAUGAAGGGGAGGGGCUGGAAGAUGGAGAUGCCACAACAAGCUUUGUGUGCGUCGGUGAACACGGUCGCCAGGGCCUGUGCGUGGGAGGCCAGAAAGACCAGCCGGACUUGGCCAGCGGAGGCAAUAACCACCACCGCUCUGCCGGCUCACCUCAACACCGUGGCGCUGGCCACCAUUCCAAGGAGGUGUUGAGAAAGCUGGCUCUGUUUGACCGCAGGGACACUUUCAAGAAACAGGGAGCCAUGCAGGAGUUAAACUUUGAUGACUUAGAGGAAAAGGAGGAGAUUCUGAGCCCUCACUGCCCCGCCCCCCAACCAAAAGCAUGUGUUUCCCUGGUGAGAUCAGACCAGUCAGUAGGAGAAGAUGGAACUCCACGUGUCCCAAAGCAGAAAGCUAAAGAAGGGCUUUAGUGGAUUGUACUCUCAUGUUGUGGUUGGUUUUGGUCCAAGUUCUGCAGCAGAGCCGCUGCGCAGAUACGACACCUAUAAGUCUCACAAACUGAGUCCGACCAUGUUGUUGCUUAGUCCUCCCGUCUCUGUGGCUCUUCUUCUGUAAAUAUUGCUGCUUUAAAGGAGGAGAAUUAUUUAUGACUUUCAGGGGGGGGGGGGGGGGUACCUAUGUUUGAUUUAUUUUUUGUUAAAUGUGUCUGAGUGACGACUGUCUUGUAUUGUUGUCUCCACCUGCCUCUUCAGGACAUAAUCAGAGUGGUUACUGAGUUUGGAUCAGUCCUCUACAUAACUCAGGCCUGGACCUUUUCAGAAGCAGUACUAUUCUAUACCACAUUUGCAAUGAGCUCGUCUACGUAUCCUAGUGUCUGUGAUGAAACCAUCGACAUAUAAAUAUUGGACAAUGGGUUUCCAUAGACCCCAAUAACACGUUUUUGAGGAUAAAUGGGAGGUCGCCAUUUUGACCGUGUCACAGGUUCCAUCAAGCCCAGACAAUUCCACAAGAGGGAAGAGAGGUGGAGCUGAGGGUGGGGCUGUAAGGCUGGGAUCGACUGACGACACCCGGUCGAACUAGCUACAAGCUAACCUGAAGCUAACCCAUAGCUAAAGAGUGGUGGGAGCUAAGCUAACGGAGGUAGCAACCUAGCUACAACCGGAGUUAACUGUGCACAACACCAGAGCUUCUGAGUCAGAGAUACGCCGGGCUGACCGCUGGGUAAAACCGGGUGGAAAACAGAGGUCUCCCGAGAGCUCCACAAGCUGGCAGCCGUACAGCAGACAGAAGCCGCGACCAGACAGAGAUGCGCCGAGCUGCGGGGAGGGGAGAACCGGGUGGAAACAUCGGUCUCCCGAGAGCUCCACAAGCCGAUAGUGGGAACCCAGCUCCACCAACAUGUUAUAUUUCAACCCAUUUUCUAAAGUGCAGCAUUAUGUUAAAUGCACUGGGUUUUACCCUAUUACAUUUAAAUUUCAUGGUUAAACAGUACAUGUUAAAAUCUAAGCUCAGCUCGGCAGUGACCUAAAAUACAUAAAUAUAAUUUUACUUACCAAAAAAAAUGAAGUGGAGACUCCUUGGACGCUCUAUUAGUGCAAUUAAUGCCACAGCAAGUCAUUUUGUCCAACAAUCGCACAAAUAAUAUCCAAAAAAGAAAACACAAACACAGAGACUCAAAAUCCCGGAGCAGUUUCCAGGCCAGACCGAGGCUCUACUGAGGCCUUUCCACGGAGCUAGCUCUGUGGUCACGUGGGUCUGAUGCUCAUUAAUUAUACAGAAUUUUAGGCUUUUAAUACACUUAAACAGAAGAGUGAGAAAAAAUUCACCCCCCUCAGAGUUGUCAUGAGUAUAAACUAGAUAAUUUAAACCAAAAACAUGUUUUGGUACCAGGCUGUAAACAUGUUUAUUUCUGCUGUGAAAUUGGUAUUUUUAACAUGGGAAUCUAUGAGGAUUUGCUCGCUUCUGACACCAGCCCCUAGUGGAUGAGGGUGGAACUGCAAUUUAUUUCAUUUCCGGGUUUGCUUCAAUUUUUCACCCGCAUUGUGGGGGCUUGAAUGAAACCUGUGGCACUUCUGAGCCAUGCAGAAAAACCAAGUGUCAUUAGAUCCAGUCUCAUUUGAGCGGAGAAAGUGCAUCUUUCCUGGUUGUUUUUAGGCUUUUUAUGAAUGAAUGUUUACAUUUUAGACUUGUGAGCUUAUUUUGGGUUUGGUUAAAAUGGUGAGAUCUGACAAACAAGGAGCAGACAAAGUGUAGAAAGGUGCAUGAAUGAGCAGUUUCUGGUGUGUUUAGCUAUCCUGUUGCAGUACUAAUGAAUACUACAGUGGGGCAAAAAAGUAUUUAGUCAGCCACCGAUUGUGCAAGUUCUCCCACUUAAAAUGAUGACAGAGGUCAGUAAUUUACAUCAUAGGUACACUUCAACUGUGAGAGACAGAAUGUGAAAAAAAAUCCAUGAAUUCACAUGGCAGGAUUUUUAAAGAAUGUAUUUGUAAAUCAGGGUGGAAAAUAAGUAUUUGGUCACUUCAAACAAGGAAAAUCUCUGGCUCUCACAGACCUGUAACGUCUUCUUUAAGAAGCUUUUCUGUCCUCCACUCAUUACCUGUAUUAAUGGCACCUGUUUGAACUCAUUAUCUGUGUAAAAGAUACCUGUCCACAGCCUCAAACAGUCAGACCCCAAACUCCACUAUGGCCAAGACCAAAGAGCUUUCGAAGGACACCAGGAAAAGAAUUGUAGACCUGCACCAGACUGGGAAGAGUGAAUCUACAAUAGACAAUCACCUUGGUGUGGAAAAAAUCAACUGUGGGAGCAAUUAUCAGAAAAUGGAAGACAUACAAGACCACUGAUAAUCUCCCUCGAUCUGGGGCUCCACGCAAGGAUCUCAUCCCGUGGGGUCAAAAUGAUCAUGAGAACGGUGAGCAAGAAUCCCAGAACCACACGGGGGGACCUGGUGAAUGACCUGCAGAGAGCUGGGACCACAGUAACAAAGGUCACCAUCAGUAACACACUACAACGGCAGGGAAUCAAAUCCUGCAGUGCCAGACGUGUUCCGCUGCUGAAGCCAGUGCAUGUCCAGGCCCGUCUGAAGUUUGCCAGAGAGCACAUGGAUGAUACAGCAGAGGGUUGGGAGAAUGUCAUGUGGUCAGAUGAAACCAAAGUAGAACUUUUUGGUAUAAACUCAACUCGUCGUGUUUGGAGGAAGAAGAAUACUGAGUUGCAUCCCAAGAACACCAUACCUACUGUGAAGCAUGGGGGUGGGAACAUCAUGCUUUGGGGCUGUUUUUCUGCUAAGGGGACAGGACGACUGAUCCGUGUUAAGGACAGAAUGAAUGGGGCCAUGUAUCGUGAGAUUCUGAGCCAAAACCUCCUUCCAUCAGUGAGAGCUUUGAAGAUGAAACGUGGCUGGAUCUUCCAACAUGACAAUGAUCCCAAACACACCGCUCGGGCAACAAAGGAGUGGCUCCGUAAGAAGCAUUUGAAAGUCCUGGAGUGGCCUAGCCAGUCUCCAGACCUCAACCCCAUAGAAAAUCUGUGGAGGGAGUUGAAAGUCUGUGUUGCUCGGCGACAGCCCCAAAACAUCACUGCUCUCGAGAAGAUCUGCAUGGAGGAAUGGGCCAAAAUACCAGCUACUGUGUGUGCAAACCCAGUAAAGACCUAUAGUAAUCGUUUGACCUCUGUUAUUGCCAACAAAGGUUAUGUUACAAAGUAUUGAGUUGAAUUUUUGUUAUUGACCAAAUACUUAUUUUCCACCCUGAUUUACAAAUAAAUUCUUUAAAAAUCCUGU